AUGGACACCACUACUGUCUAUCCGUUGGAUAACUAUGGAUUCCAGAAUACCCAGGAAAACACGGAGUUUGAAGCAAAAGCAAAGACUGCAUGGGAUAAUAAUGAAGAAAAACAACCCGAAAGCUCCAAAAGCACCCUGACUCUGUUCACCGAAGAGUCGGGCCUGUCCGGUGUCAAGAUUGUAGGCGACAGGAAUAGCACGCUUUACAGACGGCUUGUGUGGCUAGCGAUAGUACUGGGAGCCUUGAUUGGUUUGCUUUACCAGGUCGGUAAGAUGUCUUCGGCAUUUUCUCAACGUCCCGUUAAUGUGAAUAUUAGAUUCGAAGAACCUCCAGAGACCAAAUUCCCAGCUGUGACAAUUUGCAACAACAACAUGUUUAUGCUUGCGAAAUUGGUCGUAAUAUCCGGCGGGAUGACCGACUUCUCUGCAGCGUUCCCAUACAUACUCGCUUUGUUUCCAAUGGAUGGCGUGAACAUUUAUGAAGAAGAAUACAUCAUCCCAGUUGACGCAGGUUAUGGUACAGGGGGUCUAACGUUGUACGAAUUUAUGAUUAGCAACAGCCACUCCGCCAGUGAAAUGAUUGAAAGGUGUUCAUUUGGAGGUGUCGAAUGUGGACCUGACAACUUCACUCAAACGGUCACAAACUAUGGUGUUUGUUACACUUUCAACGCCAACAUCCAAGACGCCUUGACCACCAGGAACGAAGGUGAAAGGUACGGACUUAGUCUCUAUUUGAACGCAGACGAGAAGGAGUAUUUUGCACCUCGUACCACGGUAGGGUUUCGUCUGAUGAUACACGGACAGGAUGAGGUCCCGGAUGUUUCAAACCAAGGGUUGUCCGUAUCACCAGGAACCACAACAAGUAUUGCCAUAACAAAAACCGUGACAAAAAACCUCGGAAGUCCGCACAGCGACUGCGUGAAAGACAUACAUAAUGAACUAGAGUUUUUCAACGGAUCAUACUCACUAUCUAAAUGCUGGAUGGAGUGUGAGACAAGAUACGUCGUGGAACAAUGCGGAUGUAGAUAUUUCUACAUGCCAGAUAACUUUUCAUUGUUGAGAGACCCUUGUAUUGAGUGUCGCGAACCAUGUGAGCAAACCAAAUAUAACACCAAAGUGACACAUGGUUUAUACCCGUCUAGUAUGUUUACGGACCUUUUAACGGGAGCAGCAAAGUACCCAUGUGACGUGGCAAUAUACAUGUACAUGCUGAAGAGAAGAGCCAAUGAAGAUGAGGAACUUAUGACGACUUUUUACACCAGCAUUUUUGAGUUAUAUGACACACUCGAAAACAGCGAUGGACGUAACAUAUCAGAGUACCUUGACUCAGAUGACUUCCAUUGGCUCAUGAAAUAUACACUUGCUGGUGGACCACUACUUGAUAUAGUCACGUGGUUACGGUACAUGGUGGACACUCACACACUGGACAAGGUUUACCUGGGAGAAUCGGACGAGUUGUACUCAGAACACUACAAUGACUCCAUAGCAUACAUAAAGUUCUUUUUUCUCGACAGUGGAACGUACCGUAAUUCUUUAGCAGCCCCCAUAUGGGACAUGCUUUCCGACGCAGGGUUGUCAUCCGAAGUUAUUUUGUCCAUGACUGACGAUCUAUAUUUUGGUUAUUACGAACCGUUAUAUCAUGAAAUGAUACCUAUCAUCUACCAAAACAUCAAAGAAAUCAGGGAUGACCUCAUGACGACCUUAUUUGAUCACGAAGAUAUUAGUGAAAUAUGUAGAAAUUUUAUGCAGAGGAACUUCGCCAAAGUCACAAUCUAUUUCGAAGAUUUGAAAGAAGAACAAAUUAUACAGCAGCCAGGGUACGAGUUUUUCAACUUAGUAUGUGAUGUUGGUGGCACUCUGGGACUUUUCUUCGGUGCAAGCCUGGUGACCUUCCUAGAGAUUCUUGAUUUUUUCAUCGUGAGGUUCUGGGCAUGGAAGUCUGCAAAAAAGAACCAACAACAAACGUAAUACGAUAUAACUAUAUUAGAGAACUUAUCACCAACAACAUUGAUACGAUAUUACUAUAUCAGAGAACUUUCCAACAACAAACGUGAUACGAUAUUACUAUAUCAGAAAACUCACCAACAAGAAACGUAAUACGAUAUUACUAUAUCAAAGAACUUUUAAACAACGAACGUGGUACGAUAUUACUAUACCAG